AUCGCUCGCAUCCGGGACAGUGCGGUUUCUUAGUUUUUGCCGGCUUUGCCUGAGCUCGAGAGCAGCGCGUGAGAGCGGCAUCCUCAAGAACCGGCACUGUCCUGCUCUCAUAGAUACCUUUUUUCAUUUAGCCAGUACUGUCUUUAAUUCGUUUUGUUGGAUGUUAUCCGACACAAUAGCUUUAUGUUCCACUUUAUUUCACAGCCUGUCCAAAGUUUGAGAACGAAAAGCCGCGGGCUGACAUCUCCUUACUGUACCAGCUGAAGAUAGCCGAGUGACUGACUGACUGACUGCGCAACCAUGGGGUAUGGGCGAUCAGACAGCUACCGUGUGGCUACCACACAGGACAAAGAUGACAAGUCCUCUCCUGACAAAAAGAAAAAAGGGGGAAAGGAUCUGGAUGACCUGAAGAAAGAAGUACCUCUGACAGAACACAAGAUGUCAGUGGAAGAAGUAUGUCGGAAAUUCCAGACAGACAUAGUCCAGGGUCUGACUAACGCCAAGGCAGCUGAGUUUCUGUUGCGGGAUGGUCCUAAUGCUCUCACACCUCCCCCAACCACGCCAGAGUGGGUGAAGUUCUGCAGGCAGCUCUUUGGUGGCUUCUCCAUCCUGCUGUGGAUUGGCGCUAUCCUCUGUUUCUUAGCCUACGCCAUCCAGGCAGCCACUGAGGACGAACCAGCUGGGGACAACUUGUAUCUAGGUAUUGUCCUGUCGGCUGUAGUCAUCAUCACCGGCUGCUUCUCCUACUUCCAGGAGGCCAAGAGCUCCAAGAUUAUGGAGUCUUUCAAGAACAUGGUGCCCCAGCAAGCAUUGGUAAUCCGCGAGGGAGAGAAGAUGCAGAUCAACGCUGAGGAGGUUGUGGCUGGAGAUCUUGUAGAGGUGAAAGGGGGCGACAGAAUUCCUGCUGACCUCAGAAUAAUCUCUUCCCAUGGCUGCAAGGUCGAUAACUCAUCUCUAACUGGGGAAUCAGAACCACAGACGCGAUCACCCGACUGCACCCAUGACAAUCCUCUGGAAACCCGCAACAUCGCCUUCUUCUCCACUAACUGCGUAGAAGGCACCGCCCGUGGCAUUGUCGUAUGCACUGGGGAUCGUACAGUGAUGGGCCGCAUCGCCACUCUGACCUCAGGGCUGGAAACAGGGAAGACCCCCAUUGCCAAGGAGAUUGAGCAUUUCAUCCACAUCAUCACAGGCGUGGCUGUUUUCCUGGGAGUUUCCUUUUUUAUCUUGUCCAUCAUCUUGGGCUACAGCUGGCUGGAAGCUGUUAUUUUCCUCAUUGGUAUUAUUGUGGCCAAUGUGCCUGAAGGACUGCUGGCUACUGUCACUGUGUGUCUGACCCUCACAGCCAAGCGCAUGGCUCGGAAGAAUUGCCUAGUGAAAAAUUUGGAGGCUGUAGAAACCCUGGGCUCCACAUCCACUAUUUGCUCAGAUAAGACCGGAACCUUGACGCAAAACCGCAUGACUGUGGCACACAUGUGGUUUGACAACCAGAUCCAUGAGGCUGACACCACUGAGGACCAGUCUGGUGCAUCCUUCGAUAAGACCUCGGUGACGUGGGUUGCUCUGGCUCGUGUCGCGUCUCUGUGUAAUAGGGCGGUGUUUAAAGCAGGCCAAGACGCUCUACCAAUCCUGAAGAGGGACGUGGCUGGGGACGCCUCAGAAUCUGCCCUGCUGAAGUGCAUCGAGCUCUCCUGCGGAUCUGUCAAACAGAUGAGAGAAAGGAACAAGAAAGUGGCUGAGAUCCCAUUUAACUCCACCAACAAAUAUCAGCUGUCCAUCCAUGAGACUGAGGACCCCAAUGAUAAUCGCUAUCUGCUGGUGAUGAAGGGAGCUCCAGAGCGCAUCCUGGACCGCUGUUCCACCAUCAUGCUACAGGGCAAGGAGCAACCCAUGGACGAAGAAAUGAAGGAAGCCUUCCAGAAUGCCUAUCUGGAGCUGGGAGGACUGGGAGAGCGAGUGCUGGGAUUCUGCCACCUCUUAAUGCCAGAGGAUCAGUACCCUAAAGGAUUUGCCUUCGACACAGACGAUGUUAACUUCCAGACAGACAACAUGUGCUUCGUUGGCCUGAUGUCCAUGAUCGACCCUCCCCGUGCAGCUGUGCCCGACGCAGUGGGCAAGUGCCGUUCAGCUGGUAUCAAGGUCAUCAUGGUGACUGGAGACCACCCCAUCACAGCCAAAGCCAUCGCCAAGGGAGUGGGCAUCAUCUCAGAGGGCACUGAGACGGUGGAGGACAUUGCUGCUCGUCUUAAUAUCCCAGUCAGCCAAGUCAACCCCAGGGAUGCUAAAGCCUGUGUAAUCCAUGGGACAGAACUGAAGGACAUGUCUCAGGACCAAAUAGAUGAGAUUCUUCGCAACCAUACUGAAAUUGUGUUUGCCAGGACAUCUCCCCAGCAAAAGCUCAUUAUUGUUGAGGGCUGCCAGCGACAGGGAGCUAUUGUAGCUGUAACCGGUGAUGGCGUAAAUGACUCUCCUGCUCUUAAAAAGGCGGAUAUCGGUGUUGCCAUGGGGAUUGCUGGGUCCGAUGUGUCCAAGCAGGCUGCUGACAUGAUCCUACUGGAUGACAAUUUCGCCUCUAUUGUUACUGGGGUAGAAGAGGGUCGCCUGAUUUUUGACAACUUGAAGAAAUCCAUUGCUUACACUCUAACCAGCAACAUCCCCGAGAUCACCCCCUUUCUCUUUUUCAUUAUCGUCAACAUCCCACUGCCCCUGGGUACCAUCACGAUCCUCUGCAUCGACCUGGGCACAGACAUGGUUCCUGCUAUUUCCCUGGCCUAUGAGGCAGCUGAGAGUGACAUCAUGAAAAGGCAGCCCAGGAACCCAAUGCGGGACAAGCUGGUCAACGAACGUCUUAUUAGUAUUGCUUAUGGGCAGAUUGGUAUGAUCCAAGCCUUGGGAGGUUUCUUUGCCUACUUUGUAAUUAUGGCUGAGAAUGGAUUCCUUCCUUCUCAUCUGGUGGGAAUCAGGCUCUCUUGGGACGACCGCAGCACCAACGACCUAGAGGACAGCUAUGGACAGCAGUGGACAUACGAGCAGAGAAAGAUUGUGGAGUUCACAUGCCACACAGCUUUCUUCGUCAGUAUCGUGGUUGUGCAGUGGGCUGAUCUAAUCAUCUGCAAGACCAGGCGUAACUCUGUGUUCCAGCAGGGCAUGAAGAAUAAGAUUCUGAUCUUUGGUCUGUUUGAGGAGACAGCUCUGGCUGCAUUACUGUCCUAUUGUCCAGGAAUGGACGUGGCACUCAGGAUGUACCCACUAAAACCAUCCUGGUGGUUCUGUGCGUUCCCGUACAGUUUCCUAAUCUUCGUGUACGAUGAAAUCCGAAAGCUUCUCCUCCGCCGAAACCCUGGAGGUUGGGUGGAAAAAGAGACUUACUAUUGAUUGAUGAAUUCCCUCUUUACUCACACCCCUCCAUCUUCCAUUUCUCUUCCACUCCUUUUCCUUCUAUUCCUGUUCAAGGCGCACAAUCAUUACCCCACCCCUUCACCCGCACAUUCAAAGAGACAGCUGCUUAAAGCCAACACCAUGCCUGCCCCAAAGAGAAAACUACAAAGCACCUUCCAGCCUCUUGACCGUCCAAGUCCCUGCGCUGCCCCUAUCACCCCUAAUAUUACUCUUUGCAUGACUUUUCACGGGUGUGCACAUAAAGUCUGUUAUAUAUUUACCGACGGCAGCUGCAUAAUCAUGUAGAUCUGAGAGGAGCUUUCAAUGCUAAUCACAAGCGUGUGUCUGAGCGUAUGAGUGAGCGCGCGUGUAUCUGUGUGUGUGUGUGUGUGUGUGUAUACACGUAUGCUCUGCUAACAAAGGGCACAGCCCGCUGCUUCGUCCUCACAUCCACCUGCCUCAUCUUCUGCCUCCUUCUCCAUGCCUUUCUACUCCUCUGUAUUCCUCCCAUCCUUUCCUUAAUUCCUCUGCCUGUCCUCCAAUUGCACACGGGUAUGUUUGUCACAUGACUUGCGACGGGACACCACCUGCUGGCACUGGUACACUCUGGUCAAUUGCUCCUGUUGACUCCUGGGAGAAGACACGUCCACACCUUUGUUUUUUUUUUCUCUUGCUACAGCUGUUCAUGUCCUUUUUUUUUUUCUUUUUUUUUUUCUUUUUGUCAUAGUGUAGUUUGCUGUGAUGUUACAUUGAGAGAAAGGUGGGGUCAAUCACUGACUGGUUUUUAUUAUAAUUAUUAUUGUUGUUGUUAAUAUUCUUCUUCUUCUUAUUAUUAUUACUACUACUGCUGUUAAUUGAAGAUGGAGAGACCCAUGUUGGUUCUUUCCACAUGAAAACUUAAACAUGGUAUAUUUUUCUCUCUCUCUUUCUCUCUCUCUCUCUCUCUCUCACUGUUUGUCUUUGUGUUCUCUGCUAACCCUGUUUCAAAUCCAUCUUCAGAUUGUGUGUUUUAGAGACAAAUCAUAUAUACAAUACUACAAUACAAAUAAAUAAAACACAACAAAUACAAACGCCCUAAAAGAA